UCUGAGUUCGGUUUUCAGACGCGAAAUGCGUACCGUUGUCGGUGGUUUGUCGUCCAUCGUUGCUGAAAAUCCAGUAAAAUUUCUAACAAUCUAGAGGCUGUUCUUACUUCAUUUUAACGUUUGUUAUUUUCUGUGUAGAUUGUCCUUUCAGUAAUUUUUCAAAAUGAAUGUUGAAGAAGAAGUAAUGAAGAUACAGAAAAAACUGACCAAAAUGACUUCCGAAGAUGGAUCAGGGCAAGAGCAGGCUUUAGACUUGCUGAAGGCUCUGCAGAACUUACCGGUCAAUUUGGAAAUUUUGACAAAGACAAGAAUUGGAAUGACUGUCAAUGCUCUUAGAAAGUCUAGUACAGAUGAAGAAGUGAUCAGUUUAUCUAAGACACUCAUCAAGAAUUGGAAAAAGUUUCUCGCUGGUCCCAAUGCUUCAAAAGAUACACCAGCCAGUGGCUCGAAAAAGCCAAAGGAAAAGGAAGAAAAACCUAAGGAAAAAGAAGAAAAAGAGAGCAAAGAGAAGGAUAAAAAGAUGCAAUCUUCGUUCCCACCAGCAAAUACCACAGAUGCAGUUCGUCUAAAAUGCAGAGAACUCCUUGCUAACGCAAUUCGAACUGAUCAAACACCUGCAAGUUUGGAAGGCUGUGCAAGUCCCGAAGAGUUGGCUGAAGAACUGGAGGAGGCGAUCUAUCAUGAAUUCCGCAACACGGACAACCGCUACAAGAAUAGGGUUAGAAGCAGAGUUGCCAACUUGAAAGACUCGAAAAAUCCUCAACUUCGGACGAAUUUCUUAAUUGGAGCUCUUGCAGCAUCAAGACUUGCUGUUAUGACUGCUGAGGAAAUGGCAAGUGAUGAAAUGAAGGCGAUUAGAAAUAAGUUCAUGAAAGAAGCAAUUGAUGAUGCUCAAUUGGCCACAGUCCAAGGAACCAAGACUGAUCUACUCAAAUGUGGAAAAUGCAAAAAGAGGAAUUGCACAUACAACCAGGUGCAGACAAGAAGUGCUGAUGAACCUAUGACAACAUUUGUUUUGUGCAAUGAGUGUGGCAACAGGUGGAAGUUCUGCUGAAUUGCAGCGAUUGUCAGGUGUGCUACGCUCCUCUUAUGAGUCAGUCAACCUCCAUCCUUGUAAAUAUUCAAUUGGAUCUUUGUGAGUGUACAUUUUUCAAUGAACUUGGAUUCUUGCAACGUUUUAGGAUUAUCUCAAUGUCUCUGCUAAUAGUUAGUGGGAUUUAUUUUAGAAUUUGAUUUAACAUUACGAUGUUUGCUAUCAAAGCAGGUUAAUUUGGAAUAUCACCGAUAGUUGAUGUGAAAUCCUCUUGAAAAGUUGUAUCAAAUUUUAUUUUAGUUGUCGAGCCAAGUAAGCUCUCAGUUGAAUGAACUUGGUAAUCAGUUUUUUGCAUGACUAGGUAAUUGUAAUUUACUCUUGCAUACGUAACUCUGUAUUUACAUAACAUGAUCGUUCAUGUGUGGUAAGAUGAUUUAUUGAUCAUUUGAGAUUAAGACCCAUGAUAAAGUCUGUUUCCAACUAUCUGAAAUGUGUUCAUUUUAUUUUUUGAUUUUAUUCAUUGUUUUAAUUCAAUUUGAAUCAAUAAAUUAGAAUUUGUUAUCAUUGAACAUUUAAUUACAAUAGGUUAUAAGACUUGAAGUCAACUGGAAAUGUAUAAUAAGCACAAUAUUUGUAAAAUUAUUUGUUUUCCCAAACAAACAGUCAUCAAUGUUAGUAUUGAAUGAUAGUAGAGAUUAAUCUAGUGGAUUUCACCAACAACUGGAUUCCGUGUCCAAAGCAUCUUAAUGAAAUUAAACUCAUUUCAAGUUGCACCUAUAAUAUUAUAAUCGUUUUAUAUUUUUUUUAGUUUCACAUUGAAGGAAACUGUAUUUCAUUUUAAUCGAAAUAGGAAUUGAUGUUACCUUCAUGAGUAAGGUCAUGAAUAAACAAUUGAGUAUUUAUUAUAUAAGUUCUCAUUAUAAUUUUUAUUGAUUUUAUUAAUCUUCCUUCUUAUGUUAAUAAUUAUUUUGAGAAAAUAUUUAUCCAACUUAUUGAGCAUCUUAUUCAAGUUGUUUAUGCUGGAUACAUAUUUCCGGGGAAGAGCGGUCACCCAAGUCGUUUUUGUGAUUGUUUACACGGCUGUUUAUUUGUGUGAGUGUCAUUGUACUGUUUAGUUUCUGAACGAGAAAUCUGUCCGACUUUGAGUCUAAUGGACCAACAAAAGUGCCGCAUUACUUUCAAUAUUGCUUUCAUUGUCCAUUUUUUCAAACAAUAAGUCUAGAAUUUUUAUAUUUUUGAUUUUUUAAAAUGAUGUCAUUGUACUCGCUGAACAGAUUUGGAAUUGUUCUUAUUUCUCCAAAUUUGAGGUUUUUACAAUAUCAUGUGUUAUUUUAAUGUUAAUCAAUCCCCUCAAUUUUGGGUAUUUUGUUUCUAAUCUGUCUUAUCUAAUUUGUUGACAUGUAGUACCAUACAGCAAACUAUGGGUCGCUAGAAACGAAUUUGAAAUCAGAAAUUUUCCAUCACGUGAAAAGGUCAAGUUCCCCUAUCCACUGAAUAUUGUAGAAUAAGCAUUUUUUUAACGAGUGGCUGUUGUACAAUUAUUAUAAUUGUCCAUUAAUUAUUUUCUCCGGCCUAGCCUCUACAUCAGCAUUUUGAUCAACAAUCACACAAACUACUUUGUUCCCGUACAAAAGUUCCACAUGUUGAGUCUAAUUUAGACAGUUUUCUGAAAGCCCAACAUGAUCUUCAAUCGUUAUAAAUUGGAGGGAAUGAAAUCUGAUAUAUAAAUAAUAUUAUAUUAUUGAAAUAUUACCUUAUUUCCCAUCACUGAUCAUAAUAUCUUGAUUUGUAAUCUACAUUAAUUAUAUUGUUUGAAAUAUCUUAUUUCUCAUUGCCAUCUGGUACUAAAGUCAGGUAUGUCAAAACAGAUGACAAGUCACGAUUAUAAUAAUUAUGUUGCGGCAUUGCCGGCAUAAACCAAACUACUUUAGUCUAGUUGGUUUUCAGCCUUCACAAGUCAGUGAAUUUGGUAACACUUAAUCAGGAAAGAGAGAUACACUCUUUUCAAUUUUUCCCUGUUACUUGAGAUGCAUGAAUUUGAUACAAAAGUUCUUAGACUUCUCAUCCCCACCGCAUAGACCUAUGAGUUCAUAAACUUAGUCGAACAAAUUAUUAGUCUUUGUCAUCAUUAUUUAAAUUACUGAAGACUGCCAUUUGCAUUGACAUUGUCUGAUAAUGUUGUUUCGAAUAACCAGACAGUUGACUUCCUCAUAUUAAUGCUUCAUCAUUUCUUGUUAAGCGCAGUCUGGCGCAAGCUAUAGCUUGAAUUAAUACAGCUUUUUAUGUUUAUUGUUUUAAUAAUGCAUUCCCCAUCGAAUGAUAACAAUAGUUUACAUUCAACUAAGUAAUAACUGAAUAAUCACUGUACUCAGUUAAUCAUUGACGAGUAAUAAGAUAUAAUACUGUAGUUCACUACUUGCUAUCUUUUCAGAAAGAUUCAAUAAUUUUUUUAUCAGACUUCUACUUGAUAUACUUUUUUGACGAUUCAGAAAUUAUGUGAACAUAAUAUUUUGUAUUUAUAAUGACGACUUUUUCAAACAGAAUUAGAUUAUUUACAUGCGGCUUGUGCCAAAACAAAGGUUAGCGUUUCAUUAUGUGCAGGUUUUAUUAAUGUAUUUUUAAAAAAUUGGAUGAAAUGGAAAGUAUGUGAAAAUGGGAGGAGUUGGAGGAGAUGUCUGGCUUUUCAACGGAACUGCUUAAAUUUGAAUGCUACACAGGGUCAUUUUCAGAGUACCAGUUUAAACGGAAUCUUGUCUUAAAAUUGAUUAAAUGUAUGUCAAGUUUCGUUUUCUAUAAUGUGAUUCAUAUUGAGGUUAUUAAACCACCAGCUGAUUCAAUUUAAUUUAAGCUUUCACUGUGCAAACGGCGCGUAAAGGUAGGCGCACACAGAUCGUCAUCGGACGGACGGCACGCAUCGGACGGAUCAGAAGAUUAGAUUUGAUGCAUUGUUUCCAAUUGGAGAACGCAUACCUAUACGAUGCGGAUAGAUGCAUUGUUUCCAAUUGGAGAACGAAUACCUAUCCGAUGCGGAUAGAUGCAUUGUUUCCAAUUGGAGAACGAAUACCUAUCCGAUGCGGAUAGAUGCAUUGUUUCCAAUUGGAGAACGAAUACCUAUACGAUGCGGAUAGGUAUUCGCACUCCAAUUGAAAACAAUGCAUCAAAUCUAAUCGUUCGAUGCGUGCCACCCGUCCGAUGACGAUCUGUGUGCGUCUACCUUUAAGAAAUGAAAUCUGCUAUGAGCAGAUUUGAACAAAGCAUGCACGCUUUGCAUUUCAUGGGUUCAGGCUAUCAUAAAUUUAAAAUUUUUUCAAUACUGUCACAGCUAUCUUUAGGACCAUCCUAGAAAUGACUGUGAUAAAGUACUUUAGUAUUCAUGGCUCAAGCAUAAAUCUCUUCAGUUGAAUAAUUAAUUUAAUUACCAUGUUUCUUAAUGAUACUUUAUUAUGGAACAAACUUUUAAUAGGUUUGAGCUAGGUUUUAAUUUCUUAUGAAUGGGGUUUUUAGUUAACUGUGGAAACAUUUUUUAGAUUGAUAUCAGGUUUACUAAAUUCUUUUGAAUUGAAUCAACGUUCUUCAUAGACUUGAUAAGUAGGUUUAAUGAUGUAAAAUCAUUAUUGUGAAUUAUUGUAAUGUAGAAUCAAGAGCGGUGUUUCUUUUUUAAACCUAUUUUAUUUUUGGUUAUUCAACAUCAUGUGAAAUAUCUCUGUCUUAAUUAACUUUCUUAUCAAUUUUAGUUAUUAUUUUAAUGAUCGCAGCCUAUUAUAUAGGCUUAAAUUCUAGUGGUUUUGAACCAUCUUAUCAACAUUAUUUAUUGUGAUUCUUCACGUCUCAUAGUUAAGUCUACCUUUUAAUUGACUGUAAUAUUCAAGUAGCCGAUUUUUGGUUGAUUAAAUAGAUUUAACAUGUCUGUA